AAACCAUGCCGGCGAGAAAUGUGUGGAACUUUCGGGGCACGUAGAGAUAAGCGCAACUUGAAAGAAAUUUAGAACAUCUAAAGAAGUGUUUAGGCCGAUUGAAACGUUAUAAAUUUGUCUUGUAAUCAUCGAAAGAACCAUACUCAUUGAUCGUGGGCACAGCUUGGUAUCGUUAAUGGGCAGAAAUUUAGAGAGGAACCGCCGGAGACAAAAUCAUUGGGGAGCUACUAGCAAUAUUCCAUCAAUAUCGACUAAAAACAUCAAAACAACAGCGAAAUUUUUUGCUCAUUUGAAAGUAUAAUUAUCUCAGGAAAUACACACAUACUCACUGAGGUGCACCUUAAUGCGAUUUCAUUUAGUGAAGGGUCGGCGGCUGGCAAGUUACUUGUGGCUUUCAUCGGAAGAUGGUCUCUCAAUUUUUUACACCGUUUCUCGUUUUAGUUUUCAUUCCGCGGGCUACACCAAACCUUUACAAAGUAAGAAAGAAUGUGCACACUUUGUUGACACCGGUCGAAAGGGAGAAGAUAUUCGGCGAACCUUUUCUACAAAGUGUUCCAGAUUAUCACGUGACCCACCCCGUUCAAGUUGAUGAGAGUGCCAACUUCUUGACUCAUGACUUGUCGAAUGGAAACCGCAGAAAGCGCCGAGAUUUAGCAGGAGCUGGAAAAGAACCUGUGUACUUUCACUUGUCAGCGUUUGGCCAAAAAUUUCACUUGAACGUCACUUUAAAUGACGAUCUACUCUCGCCUAACUUUGUUGUUGAGAUUCGAGGAAAUCAGAGUUCUCGAUUUCAUUUGGAUAUUGAACAUUGCCAUUAUACCGGCCAAGUGUUAUCUUCAAAAGGACUGGGAACUAGAGUGGCCGUCAGUAACUGUGAUGGACUGCGAGGUUUGAUUCGUACUCCUGAGGAUGUUUUCACAAUAAAUCCAUUACCGGACCGAUUAGGACUGGACAAGAACAAAACGCGAGCUCACGUGAUCCACAGAAGAUCUACCGCGUACCUGGAGGAUGUAGGGAAGGCUCUCAGAGCAGAGAAGAGAUCCGAAAAUUGGUGUGGAGUACAAGACAAACCAGGCUCUAGAAAGAAGCGCGCGGUAUUUGAUCCGCCGGCUCCGGUGGAUUAUAGCCAGGACUUCACAAUAGAAACACUUGUCGUUGUCGACAAAAAAAUGACAGAUUUCCACGGAAUUGAAGAGCUUAAAGUUUAUGUGCCAAGUCUUAUAAAUAUUGUUUACAAUCUUUUAGGCGACACUUCCAUUGGAGCGAAUGUAAAAUAUGUCUUACAGAAGCUGCUCAUUUUGGAGCAUGAUCAGGAAGGACUUGUGAUAAGAGCACAUGCUGGAAACACCAUGACAAGCUUCUGUGAGUGGACUAAAAGACAAAACAUUCAGGAUGAUAACAAUCCUGACCACUUUGAUCAUGCAGCCCUCAUCUCCCGGUACGAUUUCUGUCGAAACUCAGAUCGCAAAGAAGGCCAGAACUGCGAGAAAGUGUUAGGUCUGGCACAAGUCGAAGGAAUGUGCAGUUUGACAGGAAGCUGUACUUUGAGCAAGGAUGGAGGUCUGGGUACGGCGUAUACCAUUGCACACGAGACAGGACACAACCUUGGAGCUCAGCACGAUAGUGCAGGUAACCCGUGCGCUGAUAUCAAAAACAUCAUGUCAACACAAGCCAGCGGUAAAGAAACAGCGUUCGAAUGGUCUUCAUGUAGCAGACAUUCAAUUCACGCUUUUCUAUCCGGUGAUCAUGCGCAGUGCUUAAAAGACAAACCACAAAAGGCCGUGAAAUUACCGCAACGCCUGCCAGGAGAGGUGUACAACGCUGAUGAUCAAUGUAGGCGGAUCUAUGGAGAUAAAUCGCGGGAGUGUCCAGCGCCUUUUGUGAAAGCUAAAGUCUGCAUUCAGCUGUGGUGCGUUAAACCGGAGAAUGGAAUGUGCGCGACACUUCGCGAGCCUGCAGCUGAAGGCACGGAGUGUGGUCAUCAAAUGUGGUGCCGGCGGGGGAAAUGCGUACCAUAUGGCAGCGAGGGACCUGAGGCUAUUGACGGUGGCUAUGGUCCGUGGGGAGAUUGGAGCGACUGUUCUCAUUCUUGCGGCGGGGGACUGAUAACUAGAACGAGAAAAUGCGACAAUCCCGAACCCAAAAAUGGAGGCAAGUUAUGCAUGGAACAUUCAGAGGAGUUUCAAUACUGCCAUACACCUAAAUGUCCGGCAGGAAUGCCCAGUCCAAGAACAGAACAGUGUGAAUCAAAGCAACAGAUGCGGUUCCUUGAUGGUAACAAAUAUCAAUGGGUAUACAAUCCAGCAAUUCCAGUACCAGCGGGUCAGCAGUGUAAGUUAUCAUGUAUCGCUGAAGUGGGUGUUCGGCAAUUUGCCAAGUAUUCAUUUGGUCUUGUGGUCGACGGAACGCAAUGUGAUGAUUACGAUGAAAACAGUGGCCUUUGCAUCAACGGAAAAUGUCAGCCACUCGGUUGUGACAAAGUCCUUGGCUCCAGUCAAAAGUUUGAUCGUUGUGGUGUAUGUGAUGGGGACGGAACUACAUGCAUUGGCAAGAGGUUAACAUAUAAAGGGCUGCCUAAUCCCAUAAAAGGACAUUAUCAGUCGAUCGCAUUGAUUCCAGAAGGAGCGAGAAAUAUCCAAAUUAAGGAACUUAGUGGUUUUAAGAAUUAUUUGGCCAUGAUGACAGUUGCAGGUGAAGAUCUUCUCAACAUGGACUUCCGUAUCAAACCUCGUUCAUUCGCGUUUGUCGGCGCUGGUACAAGGUUUAAAUACGUGAGAGAUGAGAAGAGGAGGGAGAGCAUAACUGCACAAGGACCCCUCAACCAAGAUGUAGAGCUCCUGGUGAGAAAACAGAUUAGCGGUUGUGUUUGAUCUCCGAAAAACAAA